AUGGGUCUACGGAAGCGCUUGGAGCUCCGCUCCGAGAGCGCCGACCUCGGCACGGAGGGAGGCCGGCUCUCGAACAAGGACAUGGACCCUAUUCCGAUGGGCUCUCCGGAGCGCACCUGGGGCUGGCCGAGUUUGCUCGGCUUCUGGAUCGCAGAAGCCUUUUCGAUCUCGAUGUAUCAAGUCUUCAUCGGUCACGUAUUAGUCUGCAUCCCGGCAAUGCUAGACGGCUACGUUGGCUGCAUCUUUGGCAUCAACUUCCCAGUCUUCACCCGAGCCUCAUUUGGUCUCCGAGGCUCCUAUGGCGCCGUUUUCGUUCGCGGCGUCGUCGCCUGUAUCUGGUUUGGCACCCAGUCAUUUCAGGGUGGGCAGUGUCUGCAGGUCAUGAUCUCCGCCAUCUGGCCAUCCUUCAAUAACUUCCCGAACCACCUUGCCGAAAGCGCACACGUCACCAGCUCCGAGCUGCUGUGCUUUUUCUUGUUCAUCAUCGUUCAGUUGCCACUGCUUUGGUUGCAUGUGAGCAGUUUGAGGUACAUGUUCAUGGUCAAGACUGUAAUUAUGCCAAUCUUUGGGUUGACGUUGUUCAUUUGGGCCAUUGUUGCUGGCAAGGGUUUUGGCCCGACAUUCUCAAAGCCAACCCUCAUCAAGGACGGCACACCCGCCAUCGUCGUAUUCUUCCAAUGCGUCACCAGCGCCAUUGGUCCCAAAGCAACACUCGCCCUCAACAUGCCUGACUUCACACGCUAUGCAAAGGAGCCCCGACAAGUCUUCUGGACGCAAGCCGUCGGCCUGUGCGUCUUAGUCACGAUGUGUGGUGUGCUAGGUGCGACUGUAAGCAGCGCCUCUGAAGUGAUCUACGGCAAGGUGACCUGGAAUCCCCUGGAAGUCGCACGGUUGUGGGACAACCGCGCUGCUCAGUUCUUCGCGGGUCUCUGUUGGGCGUUUGCCGUGAUUGGCACAAAUAUCAGCGCCAAUAGCGUCUCUUUCAGCAAUGAUUUGGCACUAUGGUCUCCAAAGUACAUCAACAACAGGCGUGGAGCGUACAUCUGCGCCGUGUUUGGCGUAUGUGCCGUACCUUGGUAUAUCCAAUACAGUGCCAAAUCCUUCUCCUCUUUCCUUGGUGGAUACUCUCUCUUCCUAGGCGCCAUCGCCGGCAUCAUCAUCACCGACUUUUGGAUCUGCCGCAAGCGUACAAUGGCAGUCUCAUCCCUCUUUGAUCCGCGAGGCAUACACUACUACACCUUUGGCGUCAACCCCCGAGCGGUUAUUGCCUUCAUCUUUGCUAUCAUUCCAAAUAUGCCUGGUCUUGCGGCUGCUUGUGGAGCCAAAGGAGUUCCUAAGGGGGCCAUCUAUCUCUACAGCUUGAGUUGGCUUGUCAGUACCCUGGUGGCGAGCUCCACGUAUUGGGUGUGUUGGAAAGUCAAGCCAUUCCCCGUGGACGACAGCCGGGAGCAAUUGUACGUUGACGGAUAUCCCACGGUGGAGGAUUCGAUUGGUUCGGAGAAAGGCUUGGAAGGGAAAGAUCAAGAUGUGAAGAUGGGAUGA